AUGUUUCAAGACGGAUCGACACGAAAGACGACCAAGAAGCUCAGCAUCACACCAUCGCUCACCCACGUCACUAAAACGCAGUUUUCGCCGCUUUCGACGACGAGGUCGAAGUCAACAAGUUAUGCGCGCACUGCUGUUUCUGGCGGCGGGAGCGGCGCUGGCCCCCUUCGGCCCGCUGGCGCCGAUAGCGCUCGCCAUGCCGACCGACCGACGGAUAGAGCUGCGAGAGAGGACGCGGGAUCGCUAACGAUGCAGCUGUUCAAGCAUGGCUUCGAUGGCUACAUCGCGAAUGCGUACCCGGCGGACGAGCUGCGGCCAUUGACUUGUGACCCACUGCUACGAGACAUGGACGUGAACAACGUGGGCGUGAACGACAUCCACGCCAAUGCGUCCAUCACGCUGAUCGACACCCUGUCCACGCUUCCGACGCUGUAUCCGGACGCCUUCCCCGAGGCUGUCCGGCGAGUGGCAGAAGAGGUGUCCUUUGACCAGGACGUCAAGGUCCAGGUGUUCGAGAUGACGAUCCGCGCCGUCGGAGCUCUGCUCUCAACAUACCAGACGUUGUCUGGUCUGCCGGACGAUCCCGUUGAGCAGGGCCGCGCGCUCGGUACGAAGCACCCAGCAGACGUGAAGCGAUAUGCGCCGCGGAUGCUCGAUCUCGCAACGGACCUCGCGACCCGCCUCCUGCCGGCCUUCGACACGCCAACCGGUUUGCCAUAUGCGCGAGUGAACCUCCGAACAGGGCUCCUGGAGGGCGAGACGCUGGAGACUUGCGCUGGUAGUCUCGUGCUCGAGUUUGCGCUGCUGAGUCGAUUGACGGGCGACAAGCGCUUCGAGUCACUUGCGCACCGCGCCUUCAUGGGGUUGUGGAACCGAAGAUCGGACGAGGAUCUUCUCGGCAACGGCAUCAGCGUUGCAAACGGGCAGUGGCUCGCGCCGCUGGUGUCCGGCGUGCAGGCGGGCAUCGACAGCUACUUUGAGUAUGCCCUGAAGGCCGCCAUUAUGCUCGAUGACGCACAGUACAUGGAUAUCUUCUACGACGCCUACGCCGCGAUCCAGACCCACGUUCGGAGCGACGAUGGCUUCUUCCCUGCGGAAUACGGCGCUCGCUUCCCCGUCAGUGCGAUCAAGGCACACCUCGUGUUCUGGAACGUGUGGCAGAAGUUCUCCGCGCUGCCCGAGGCAUGGGACCCGAGCUCGCGCGGCGUAGCGUGGGGCGGCUGGCCUGGACGGCCCGAGUUUAUCGAGUCGACCUACUACCUGCAUCGCGCAACUGGCGACGACUUCUACCUCAAAGUCGGUGAGCGCGUCCUCGAAGACAUCACGCGGCGUGCAGUUACGAGCUGCGGACUUGCGUCGCUCGGCAAUGUCGAGACGGGCAAGCAGGAGAACCGCAUGGAGAGCUUUUUCCUCUCCGAGACGCUCAAGACCGGCCGAUAG